ACAUAGGAGAUCUCAGUCAUUGAUGUUUUUUCUUGCAGAGAUGAUGGAGCAGGAGGUGGUCGGUUCAUCAGGAACCCACUACUGCUUCCUAAAGUGGAAUGUAUCAAAACUGGACACGGCCAUGGCAGGAGAUAGCGAUCAGGAUUUGGUCUGCAGCUUAGUGUUCCACACUUUGCAGAACGGCGUCUCGUGAAGCCUCAGGAACUGAUCAUAUUCUGCCUCACUGAAGAGGAGGAGUACAGACUGAAGAGACCCUCUUAGGCCAUCCUUAUUUUCAGCUCAUUCAUGUAGACGAGGCUCUUGUGUGUCUUUUACAUGUGUGCGUGUGCAUAUGUAUGCUGGCUUUGUGGCUGUGUGUGCUUGCUUGGCCGUGUCAUUUCCUGCUGGUGCUUAAGUCAUGCCUCGCAGGCCGGAUGUCAGCAGCAGCUGUUGCUUCCCACUGCACUUGAAUGAGGACAAUGCUCGCUUUGGCCUUUUGGCGGCGCUCAUCCUGCUGUACCUGCUCUGUGGGGCGCUGGUUUUCUCUGCCCUCGAGCGUCCAUCCGAGCUGCGGGCGCACCAGCGCUGGGAGGAACAGCUGGCUAACUUCACCCGGCAGCACAGGCUGAGUGUGGAGAGCCUGCAGGCUUUGCUGAGGCACUAUGAGGAGGCCUUCGUCACAGGCAUCCGUGUGGACGCUCUGAGACCUCGCUGGGACUUCUCCGGGGCUUUCUACUUUGUCGGUACCGUGGUUUCCACAAUAGGUUUUGGAAUGACCACACCUGUGACGAUAGGCGGCAAAGUGUUUUUGAUAUUCUAUGGACUCAUUGGUUGUGCAGCGACCAUCCUGUUUUUCAACCUCUUCCUGGAGCGCAUCAUCACCAUGUUGGCGUACAUCAUGCGCUGGUGUCACGAGAGGCAGCUGAGGCGUGCCGGUGUGGGAGGAGAGGAGGCUCAUAGCGAGGAUGACAGCCUGGAAGGCUGGAAGCCCUCCGUCUACUACGUGAUGCUCAUCCUGGGGGUUGCGGCGCUGCUGAUUGCCUGCUGCGCCUCAGCACUGUACUCCUCUAUGGAAGACUGGGAUUACUUUGACUCACUCUAUUUCUGCUUCGUGGCCUUCAGCACCAUUGGCUUUGGAGACUUAGUGAGUAGCCAGAGGGAGAGCUACAAGGUGCAGGAGGCUUACCGAUUAGGGAACUGUCUUUUUAUCCUCAUGGGUGUCUGCUGCAUCUACUCACUUUUUAAUGUCAUUUCCAUCAUCAUAAAGCAGACCCUAAACUGGAUCCUGGCGAAGCUGGACUGCAGCAGGUUGCAGUGUCCCUGCCGAGGACGUACCUACAGAAGGCAAGGCUCAGCAUGCUGCUGUUGCUGCCUCCCCAGCCAGCGGCGCAGCCAGCACCCCAUAACCGGAAACCCUCGGCAGAGGGCACAGAAGCGCAAUGCUGUACACCCAGCCCCCGCCAACGAGGCUGCGCGGAAGCAGCGCUUCACUAAUGCAUCAGUGGAAACAGUGUGUGAUAGUGAGACUGAUCCUGGCCUGGGGCCAGAUGGAGGUUAUCUCACAGGGCACAGACUCUCAGGAGAAAUGAUCUCUGUCAAUGACUUUAUGGCCAACAAGGUUUCUCUGGCCAUUCUGCAGAAGCAGCUCUCAGAGACCGCCCACGGAAACCCAAGACAGAGCCAUGUUCGGCAGAACGGCUUUUCUGUUGGAGUGGGAGCCUUCGCCAUUAUGAAUAACCGCCUACAAGAGACGAGUGUCGACAGGUAGUCAUAGUGGAUCAUAGCGUCUAGCAUCAUCCAGUGUAUUUUCUAAAAUGAGCAGAAUAGGAAAGAGAAACGUUUAAAAACUGCUAGAGGUUAGAGGAGUGGUUUAGUGGGGAAAUUGAAUUUAGAAAUUGUCAAUAAAAAUGAAACAAGUCUGCAGUAAAACCGGACUUGUUCCUGAUUACAUUAUUCAGUCAAGAUUUACUCUGUUAAAAGUGUUUGUGGAAAACCAGCUACUUACUGUUUGUUAGCAUUUAUUCCCCUCACACCAAUCAUCCAAGAUAUGUUUGGAAUUUGAAUUUUAUUUCUUUAGUCUUGCACUGGAGCUAGGCUAAUGUAGCAGAUACAGAAAGGAUGUCUUUCUCACCUAAAACCUCUGGUGUAAAUAUCCUCAAUCCACAUCCAGUUCUUCAGUGAUGCCACACAGACUUGCUGAGGUGCUUUAGGACACAGUGGGACUUUGCCGUGUAGCCAAACACAAACUGAAACUUUUCCUAACCUCAGUUUGGCAUCAUUCCACUUGCCUGGACCCAACUCCCGAAGUUUGAAAGUGGAAUUGUACCAGAAAACUGGAAAUGACAUAGAUUAUAAUAGUUCUGCUUUGAAUGUAAAUGGGUUAAUACAGACUAUAGCUGAUAUUUUCCAAAAUAGUUUGUUUAAAAAUGACUUUGCCUAACUUAAUGACGUUAUUUAAAGAAGUGAUCCUCAAAGUGAAGGAGUCCAUAAAGCACAGCCAGGGGAUCUUUUUUUUUUUUUUUUAAUUUAGUUACAUGGUAGAAAUCACAACCUACCAUUAUCAAAGUUAUUAUAUUUAUUAUUGACUUCUUAUAGUUAUUAGGGCGUUUCACUGAUCAUGUGAAUUUAUUGUGUUUAAUCCAAACCUCCAUAACUCCAAUGCAAUUAGGGCUAUAAGUAAUGUAAACUUGAACCUUCUUUUUAUGGAAAGUUUAGAAAUAAAAAGCUCUGUAGCUGCAGUAAUUAGACACAAUAUUAUUGCAGACAUUAGUUAUUAGAGACAAUAAAUAAUCAGUAAUUAGACACAAUAAAUAUUCAUGAAAUAAAUCUGUGCUGAGGGGGUGUGUGGAUUAUCCCUAGCUGCAUGUGAAUAUAUAGGCAUGAAUUUAUAGAAAUAAAUGGGUGGGAAAGAUUUGUAUUACUUGUUACCUACAUGUAGCUCCUGUGCAAAACUAAAAAUCAGAACAUGACUAACUGACUACAUUUUGUGUGACAGAAACAUUACAUUAUUGUGAUUUUUAAUAUAUACAGAUUUUUUAUAUAUAUACGGAUGAGUCUGAUGGUGUGAUCAAAUUAUUCGAAGUCCAGAUUUUGGGAUGUGUGUUAAAGUCUGGAUAAUGUCUAAGUUAGAAACACUGCCUAAUUAGGUAAGUAGUUCAUUUAUAACACGUCACAGACACACACAGUGUUACGUGAUCAUGAUGUUGGUUUAUGCAUGAACAAUUUUCCUCUACUUAAAAAAGACUCAUAUCAAAGUUUCACAUCUGAUCCAAGUGGAAAUGUUAAAGACUGAAGCGUUGCAAUUGUAUCAGCUCAUCCGAGAGUCACUUUGGACAGCUGAAGUGAUUGGUUUAUACUGUGAGCAAUCAGACUGGGCCUCUGGAGAGCUCCUUCAGCAACCCUUCAGGAAUACAGACUGAUUUACGAGAGCUGUGCAGCCGCCGUCGUGUCAUUCUCAGAAAAGAAUCUUUUAAAGACACUUUAUAUGUCUAAGAUAAAAAUGUACAUAGAGCUGUACUAUAUCUAGAGACAGAAUGUAAAACAUGCAGAUAUUGUAGAUAUUAUGUUGUACUAUGUUGUAAAUAGAUUCUCAUUUACUACUAGUACCAUAUAUCUGCAGAAUGAACACUUUCAAAGGCAGAAAACUGAUUCAUGGGCAUUUUGCAUGCCGUAUUUCUUCCGUAGCCUGUGUGCCGCUUCCACAUCUUCCCUUACUUGUUUGUUGUUUCACUCUGAGGAACACUGGUGGCCCUAUUGUUAAAACAGCAUCAACAGGAUGAUGUUACCAAACACAGAGUAUUCUCAUGACGUAUUCAGGAGUGUAAGCUGAGCAGUUACACGCUGGUGCCCCCUCGAGGCUAAAAGUUUAGAUGGACUAGUGAUCACAACUCUGUCCCACUAACACACACUUUAUAAUAAUGAUAGUCUAUAAGUGAACAGCAACGCUUUAUCUCAUAAUAAACUAAGAUGCAGUAUUAGUACCAUCUUCUAUAUCUUCUUCAACAGCUGAGGAGUUACAUGCUGGUGCCCCCUCGGAGCUAAAAGUUUAGAUGGACUAGUGAUCACAACUCUGUUCCACUAACCCACACUUUAUAAUAAUGAUAGUCUAUAAGUGACCAGUGAGCCUUUAUCUCAUAAUAAAUAACUAAGAUGCAGUAUUAGUACCAUCUUUUACAUCUUCUUCAACAGCUUCCAUUAAAAUGCCAAGAUUUGAUUAAGUACAUGCAGGUCUUCUUCAACUGUGCAAAUAUAAGGCCCUAAAUUAACCUCCAGCAUCCCACGGCUUGAUAAUGCCGAUUGGUUGAUUAUGUUAUAAAGGGUUUUUACCACAGCACUGUUGAAUUCUCAAAACUAUUUUCUGUAACAGCAGUUCUGACAGCUUUAUAUUAAUGUACUCGUUCUAGUACAUUAUUAUUUCUGUGGUAACAGCUUACACAGGGACUUGUAUAAUGUGUGUAAUUGUUGAUGUGGUGAAGUUUUCUGUAAGGAGAAGUUUAUUUAACAUUUAUGGAAGGCGUCGCCAGUGUCAGAGCUUUGUAACAGUCAGAGGUAAAAGUGUAUCUUUCAGUCUUGUAAAGUUUUCAGAUACAGGAAAGUCUUCAGGACAGAGGAGUGUAUACUUUGUGGUUUCUCAGUAACAGGACAAGAUGUGCUUAAAAAUGAAAAGCUGGUGAGGGAAUAACUAUUUACAGCUGCUAAAGCACAAGUGGUAACAUGGUUUCACAGAUGUUGAACAUCAUUAUAUGUAACUAUAAAUGUAUAAAAAGUAUGAGGUGUCAUUCUUAAAUUAAUAUAAACAAAGUAGCCUUGAAAAAAGAGGAAUAAAACAUGACACAAUUUGGUGUUAUCAGAAUAUAAUCAACUUUGGAGUGGUAACAGUAAACUCGUGUUGCUUCGCAUCACACUACUCCAUUGCUGAUUAUUUUCCUCUAACAGCACACCCUGUCAUGUUUUGAGUAGGAUCAGGUGCGUUCUGAGCCAGGAAAUCUUUGAGCUGUGCAGAAUAGUGGGUCCUCAUGACUGGAAUUGAGAAACCCUGGGAUAACUGUGUACCACUCACAGUGUGAAGAUACAUUUAUACAGAACAUUGCUCUACUGGAAUCCAAAUGGCUUGCUAAGAGAGGCAAAAGCCAAACUUCGGCAGUGUGAACCGAGGACUGACUGGAUAGUCCUGGUUGAUGACUGGGCUGAAAACCAAAGGUUCCAGGAUGCUACAUGUGACUAACACUUUACUGUGCUCUUGGGAAAGGCGGAUGAUACUGCUUUGGGUACUGCUGGACAGUAGAAUGAAUUUCUUUUGUAAAAUGAAUGAAUAAAUUAUAACUUAAAGUUGCGAUAUGUAACUUUUACUACACUAUUGAAAAUGAAGUCGCAUUAUUGACGUAUUUAAGAAAUAAUUUUCUGAAGAAUGACGUUGUUAUGCUGCUGUGAGUUGCUCUGGAAGGCGUAAAAUAUUAAUUCAACACUGGAAAUGUUGGGUCGGAUUUAGCUUUUUUUUAAACUCAUUGCAGAUUGACACCACAACCUUGCUCAUUACGUAACAACAUUAAGUACAAAAUUUUGUAAUGUGUAUCGACUCGCAACGCAUAGCACAACUGACAUUACAAAAUGUUCCACCAUGAAUGGCUUGAAAUAACACAUUACUAUUAGAGAGGUCACUAAAUCCCUGAACCCUUAAAAGUUACAUACUGCUCUUUAAAAUGAUAUAUAAACAA